GCCGACGUUUGGCAAGCGAAAGUCUACAGUAUUCCAGUGGGGGACAACCAAGUAAGGCUCCUGGUAUGGUUAUUCCGGUGGGCUUCAACCGCGUCAUUCAGCCUCGCCACUGGUAAAUAGAUGGAAAUGUCAUCCUUAGAGCUGCUGCCUCGGUUUAAAGUGGCACGAGGCUGUCCUCUGCAUAUUCUCAGUAUUUCUUGAAAGUCAUUCGUUCUUCAAACACAACCAUGGCGUAUCCUCAGAAAACCUUCUCGAAAACGUCAUUUCCCGAGUCAAGUUUCAUCAGUCGGAGGCGUCAAGUUGUUUAUGACAAUACUUUGUUGUAUCAAUUGAAUGUCUUGAAGACGACUGGUCGAUAUGACGCGUUCAAAUUGAAAUGGCACCCGUCGUACAAUGACAAACCAGACGUUUGGCCUGUCCCUAAUCACCUGUUUUGGGAUUCGGAUAUUGCCAAAUGGAUCGAAGGUGCCUGUUAUUUUCUACAAUGGAAGGAAAAUUCUGAGAUCGAUGCUGCUGUGAAGGAGCUAGUGGAUAUGAUACGGUCGGCUCAGCAGUCAGACGGGUAUCUCAAUAUACACUUCACGGUUGUUGAACCUACGAAGCGUUUCACAAAUUUACGAGAUCUACAUGAACUUUACAAUGCAGGUCAUUUGAUCGAAGCUGCACUGGCACACAAUGCGCAUUACCAAAAUGAUCUUCUGCUGGAGCCAAUCCUCAAAUAUGUCGAACUGCUGUGCAAAACUUUUGGGCCAGGACCACAGCAGAAACAUGGCUAUCCAGGUCAUCCAGAGAUCGAAUUGGCACUUCUCCGAUUGUACGAGAAAACAAAAGUACCAGAACAUCUCGAUCUCGCUCGGUAUUUCAUCGAAGAACGUGGGAAUCCCACGGGACGAGAUGGACGGCAUUUUUACGACGUCGAAAGCGAAGCCCGUGGGGACAGGGAGAACGAGCGGCCCGUAUAUUGGCCAGCCAACCGCAGUUACUGGUACCAACAAGCUCACAAGCCAAUCAUCGAUCAGGAGACAAUAGAGGGACAUAGUGUUCGAGCCAUGUACCUUCUUACCGCAGCAGCUGACCUUGUACGACUAGAAGGAGCGAGCCCGAAGCCAAUGAAGGAGGCUUUGAAGAGGCUAUGGUCGAAUAUGGUGGAGAAAAAGAUGUAUCUCACUGGAGGUAUUGGUGCACAGAAACAGUGGGAAGGAUUCGGCAUUGAUUACUUUCUCCCAUCAUCAACUGACGAAGGUGGAUGCUAUGCAGAGACAUGUGCAGGGAUUGGAGUCAUGAUGCUGGCCGAGAGACUUCUUCAGCUGGAUCUUAAUGGUAAAUAUGGUGACAUCAUGGAACUCUGCUUCUACAAUGCCGUUAUGACUGGAAUGUCAACAAAUGGCAAACAGUUCACAUACGUCAAUCAGAUGGCAUCGAGUGAUGCUGAUCUCUCGAAACGAGCAGAAUGGUUUACUUGUGCAUGUUGUCCUCCCAAUGUAACCAGACUUCUCGGAUACAUUGGGGGUUACCUUUGGAACUUCAACGUGCGUGAUGAGAGGUCGGUGGAGGUAAAUGUCCAUAUGUUCUCAUCGGCAACCCUGAAUAUUCCAGUCGGUAAUAGCGUCCUGGAGUUGGAGCAGAAAUCAAGCUGGCCAUGGGAAGGCAAAGUCAAUUUUUCUGUUCGGAACCCUUCCAAAGUGUCGACAACCAUCAAAAUCCGCAUACCGAGCUGGGCCGAGACUUGGGAGAUCUCGCCAGAGGUCCCAAAUUCUCAACUCGAGAAGGGUUACUUGACAGUCUCCGCACAUUGGGUGAAGAUCAAUCCGUCCUUCCAGCUGAACAUACCUCUCAAGCCACGCUUCGUCUCGCCUCACCCUUACACGAACCAAGAUAUCGUUGCACUCGCCCGAGGACCGCUCGUCUACUGUCUCGAGGAUUUCGAUAACGCUUGGGUCGAAGACCACUUCAAAAGCCUUGUGCUGGAUCCUUCCAGCCUUGUUGACGAGAGCAAGGUUUCAGAGAAAGAAAUUGGAGAGCCAUAUGUUGCUCUGACGGUUCAGGGAGUGCCUUAUUUCCUUGACUUCGGCAACGAGAAGAGACAGGAUGGACCAGUUGGUUCGGUCUCUUAUAGGCAGAAUGAGGUCAUUGAGAAUUUGCGAUUUAUUCCAUAUGCUCUUCGCGAUAAUCGGGGUGGGAAAGGACAUAUGAGAGUUGGCAUUCGUCGGAAGCAUUAGAUCUUGCAGCAGGGGUUGAAAUUUAGUAUAUUACCG